AUGUUGCCGGUCGGCAGAGCCAGCCCUCCCGAGAAGCAGAGCACGGUGCCCAACCUGAUGGAGAAGGGCCUGAUGCUGCUCCAGUGCAUGGCGAGCCGGGACAACCUGGUCCCGGAGUGGAAGCUCCGCCGGAGACAGCAGUCCCUCAGCAAGUCGGCUCAGGCCAUCAGCCGCUUCUACAGGAAGAAGCAGGGCGAGUACAAGCAAGCCCCGAGCCCCGAGGACACCAGCUUCACGGCCAAACUGGAUGAGCUGAGAAAGGCAUUUCUCGAGCGCCCUGGCUGCCCUCAGUUCAGCACCAAGGCCACGUCCAUGUCGCAUUAUGGCUCAGCCACCUCGGCCCAGGUGGCUGAGGAGUUGUGCACGGGCUCUGAUUCCUGGAAGGUGACCCAGGACCCGUCCUGCAGCCAGCGGGCCUCGGACACGACGGUGGACGGGCACCUCCUUCCCUUUAGUAAGAGUGCCUGUGAGUUCAACUACUUGCGGAAGAGGAGCGAAUCCCAGACCAUGAGCCCGGUGCCCAGCAGCCCGGUCCUGGCGCGGAGUUACCCGAAGAAGCGGCUACCCUGGUACAUCUCGGUCAUCCACGAGAAGGAUCACUGCCUGCUGUCGCUGGGGGAGGAGGUGAAGCGCCUGUCCGAGCUGGAGCUGCGGCUGCGGAAGAAAGAGGAGGAGGUCCUGGCCCUCCAGGAGGAGAGGGAGGACUUGAAGAGGCAGCUGAAGUGCCUCCUGAAAAGCAAAGGCCAGGAGACUUUUGUGUGCCAGUGCGUGAAGGACCCUGUGCCAAAGCCUGCUGGGAGGCUGAGCAUCCUGAAGACCUUCUUCAGAGACGAGGAGUUGCUGCAGCACUGGAGGCAGUGUCAGGAGGAGUCUGCCCUGAUCUGCCUUGGCAAGGACCUGGACAACAUUGGCGGCCAAGAGGAAGAGGCUGCAGGCGCGGAGGCAGAGGCUGCGGAGGACGAGGAAGGGAAGGGCCCAGCAGGCAGGAAGGGGGCUGCACCCAAGGAGGGGGGGGCCAUCGCAUCUUUACAACGCCAAGUGGAUUUCCAGGAAGCCCAACUGCAGACGUUGAGCACGGAGAACGAGACCCUGCGGAAGGAGCUCCGGGAGCGGAAGGAACAGUUACAAGCCAUGUCCGACAAGUUCUCCAACCUCAGGGAAGACAAGAAGCUCAAAGAGAUGACGGGCAUCAUCGAGAAGGACAACCUUCUUCUCUGCCAGCAAGUGUCGGAGCUGCAGAGCCAACUGGACAAGCAGGAGCGCGCCAUCGCGGAGUACGACGCCAAGGUCAGCCAGCUGCAGGCGCAGGUGAGCCAGAACCAGAACCACCUGCAGAGACGGAAGUGGCUGCAGGAGGAGAUGCUGAGCAAGAACGAACUGAUCCAGCAGGCGGAACAGCAGGCGCGCGUGGCCCUGGAGAGCGCCCAGUCCCGGCUUGAGAGACUGAGAAACAAGAUCAUCCAGGCCACCUUCAGCACCUCCGGGGCCAAGUCUUUUGCUACUGAGAUCUCUGACAAUGACAUUCUAGAAGCUUUGCAGAGGAUCAUCUCUGAGAGGGCCGACUACUACAAUCAGCUCAAACAGAAAGGCGUCAGAGUGCCUCCCCUGCAGCAGACAGAGGCCCUGUCCUCCCUGAACAAGUCCAAGAAGACCACCUCCAAGUAG